CUGUGUGGUGAGCCCUGCACCAUGCCGCUCUGGGACAGGCAGCUCGGACGCCCAGCUCCGCUGCCCCGGCUGGCUGUGGGGUCCCAGGUACAGUACUGUCAGCCCCUCAUUCCCACCCUAAGGGGUCCCAAAGGGGACAGCCCCUACAGGGGGCUUCCUUAGGACCAGAGAGGAGGACAAGGGGCAACGGGUCAGGAAGCCAUGGUGCCCUGGUGUCAAGGCACCUCCAUCGCAGGACUGUUCUGGCCAAUAGCCUCCCACUCCCUGGGUCCAGCGGUACCUGACCAAGGGCCAAAGGGCCACCCCCCAUCGGGGGCUGAGAGGUUAGGGGCUCCCAACCAAGAAGGGUUGCCUUGGUUCAGUGAGACGCAGGGAGGAGGGCUUUGUCAGCUGGGCAGGUCUGGGUCAGGGGCACAGACUCUGACAGUGGCCCUAGGGGGCUAGUGGGAACCAGGAGGCUCAUUCUGUUCUGGGACCUCCUGACCAGGCAGGGGCAGAGCCAGGCUCUCCCUGAUGAACCCUGAGUGGGGUCUGGCAGCACUGGUGUGACCUUGGUAGGCUCAGAAGAAGCCCGGCAGCCUGUCCCAGCCAAGGCUGGUGGAAGGUCAUCCCUAAAGACUGGUCACCUGCUGGACACCACGGCCCUUCCCCCCGUGGCCAGCUGCCACCUGGGGCACAUUGGGACACUCCAGAACUAUCACUCAGGUGAACUGAACCCUAGUGGGUGGUCCUUGAAAUGGGCUUUGCUGUGUCGAGUUGGCCUUUGUACUAGCAGCUCUGCAGGAAAGCUGGAGGCUGCCUCAGCUGAACAGAAAAAACACACCUUGAGGAGGGAACUUCUCCCGGGGGUGAGGAGCCCUGUGUUUUAGUGAACUUCACUGGUUCGAAUGCAGGAUUGUAGCAACAUGUCCUUUUAAUGUUACCAUUUGCGCUCAAUUGGGAAGCAGGGAAGGCAGGAAUUUUGGAUGCUCCAACUCCAGGAAGCAGCACAGCUUCUCUCUGGACUCUGUUCUGUUCUCUUUCAGGACAGAAAUGGAGGGCUGGCCUCUGGGCCAGGGAAACCCAAGGGGGCAGGUGGGGUGGUGGCAGUGAGUGCGGGCCAGGGCCCCAGGCCUGGGUCUGUGAAGAACCUGGUCUGUGGCUCACGUGCCUCUGCUGACCCAGAAUGGAGAACUUCCAGUACAGCGUCCAGCUGAGCGACCAGGACUGGGCUGAGUUCUCAGCUGCUGCCGAAGAGUGUGGCCUCCUGCAGGCCGGCCUGGCCUCUGGGGAUGAACCCUUGUCUAGCGACACUGACCAAAGGGACAGCAGUGGCAGCAGCCCCCCAGGACCCUCACCCUUUCUCGAGGGGCAACUAGCUCCCGGAGGAAGUAGCUGGCCCAGCUUUGAGGAGGAGGACAAGGCCACCACCCGGCAGCUGGUCAGCAGGUCUUGGCAUGAACCCAUGCUGGCCCCAGAGGCGGGUCAGCAGACGCCCAGCACGUCCGCACAGUCAGAAGCUCGGCUGUCCCUCAGCCCUGGUGCCACCCCUCUCAUCCAGGCCUCAUCCCUCCCGGGGCCAGUGUCUUCCAGAGACGAGAUGCAGAGGCUUCUGCAGGGGCCAGCCCCCCGGGGCCCUGCCCCUACUCCUGCUGGUGAGCCCGCUGGGAGUCCUGAGUCCCCUGGCCACAGUGCUGCCCCCCAGAGGUCCCCUGGCAGCCCUGGAGCCCCACCAAGAAGCCCUGGCCGAAAGAAGAGGCGCACUGCAGGCACCAAAGCAGGUGGGCGUUUGGGCGGCCCAGGCCCUGCUUCCACCCAGCUGGGCUCCCCACUGCUCACAGAGGCCAAGCCUGAGGACAGCCUCGGCCCUGCUGGGUCCAGGGGGAAGGGUCUCCCAGCAGGAGCAGCAAAGCAGACAGCAGGAACUGGGCCAGAGUCUGCAGGAGCCCCCGAGCAGGUGGCCAGACAAGGGCCAGGUGUGGAUCUGUCUACGUCUGUCCCUACUACUGAGCGGGGAACAGACCGACUUGGAAUGAGCCCCAGAGCUGACCCCUGCGCUGCGUCCACGUCUGACCCAGGGGCUCCUCUAGACGUCACAAUUAAGUCAGAUGUGGCUCUAUCCACACCUGCCUCGGAAUCUCAACCCGAUGAGUCUCAGUCUACACCUGCCUUCAAGCCUCAACCUGAUGAACCUCAGUCUACACCCGCCUUCAACGCUCAACCCGAUGAAUCUCAGUCUACGUCCGCCUUCAACGCUCAACCCAAUGAGCCUCAGUCCACACCCACCUUCAGUCCUCAACCCGAUGAGCCUCAGUCUACACCUGCCUUCAAGCCUCAACCUGAUGAACCUCAGUCUACACCCGCCUUCAACGCUCAACCCAAUGAGCCUCAGUCCACACCCACCUUCAGUCCUCAACCCGAUGAGCCUCAGUCUACACCUGCCUUCAAGCCUCAACCUGAUGAACCUCAGUCUACACCCGCCUUCAACGCUCAACCCAAUGAGCCUCAGUCCACACCCACCUUCAGUCCUCAACCCGAUGAGCCUCAGUCUACACCUGCCUUCAAGCCUCAACCUGAUGAACCUCAGUCUACACCCACCUUCAACGCUCAACCCAAUGAGCCUCAGUCCACACCCACCUUCAGUCCUCAACCCGAUGAGCCUCAGUCUACACCCGCCUCUGAACCUCAAGCUGAUGAGCCUCAGUCUACACCCACCUUCAAGCCUAGACUGGAUGUGGACCUGCUUAUGCCAGGCCCAGUGGUCCAGCCAGAGGUGGAUUCAUCUAUGCCUGCCUCAAAGGCUGUACCAUGCACAGCUCUGCCUCACCUUGUGCUUGAGGCUGGGUCUGAUGUGGGUAUUUCUACACCACCUGCUCCCACACCGCAGGCUGGGCCUGACAUGGUGGAAGCAGAGGUUGUUCCUGUGGCCAAGCUGGGUUUAAGCCCUGUUCGGUCUCUAGAGGGGCACCAACAGAAGCCCAGAGGGGAGCCCUCAAUAGAUGCCCCUGGACACCACACUGGGGAGCCCCCUCUAGGCCCCAUCCAAGCACCCAAGAAGAAGAAAGUGCGAUUCUCCAUGGCCAUGCCCAGCUCCGAAGAGCCAGGGUCAGGAGAGGUCUCAGGCCCACCCUCUCCGGCCACAGCCCCCAGGAUGGCAUCUGGGGGCCACAGAGGCUCUGGAGCCUGGGACUCUGUGGCAGUUGGGCCCCGGAGCCCCCAGCCUCGGAUUCUGAAGCACCUGCCUCCCCCUGCCCCCUCUGCCUCCAUGGGGCCAGGGCCCAGGAGCUGCUUUGCAGUGACCCUCCUGGAAGCCUAUGACUUCUUCUUUUGUGACACCAUUGAGGAGGAGGACGAAGAGGCUGAGGGGGCAGCAGAGACUGCCCAGGCUCCAGCCGAAGUCCAGUGGCCGGAUGUGUGUGAGUUCUUCUUCCAAGAGAGCCAAAUCCAGAGGUCGAAGCACCAGGAGGGCCGCUCCCAGGCCCCACCCCUAAAGGCUGGGCCUGUGCCGGCCCCUCCACCUGGAGACCCCAUGCCAAUCUCCAUCCCUGAGGCCUAUGAACACUUCCUCGAGGAGGACAGGUCAGGGGGCACACUGGGGCCAGCCGCCCUUCUCCAGAUGCAGGCCACAGAGCCCCCCAGGUCAGUCCUCUGGGGAGUGGGAACUGGCGCCCCACCGGAGUCUAGCCCAGCCACAGUGGAACAGCUCACCCUGGCCAUCAGGGAAGCAGUGGCACCCCGGGGUCCCCUCACCUCGUUCACCUUCAGCCAGAAAGACAUGUGCAUGGUGUUUGUAGCCUUUGCUACCUGGGCUGUGAGAACGUCAGACCUGCAUGCCCCAGAUGCCUGGAAGACAGUUCUUCUAGCCAACAUUGGCACCAUCUCUGCCAUCCGAUAUUUCCGCCAGCAGGUGGAGCGGGGGCGCCACAGCCGCGGUCGCAGCCCCAGCCCCAGCUCCAGCCCCAGCCCCUAGGACCCAGGCUUGGCCCAGGAAGACGCAGGACAAGGAAAUGUCCACAGGUGCUCAGGACAAGGCACUGCCCUCAGGCCUUGCCCUCUGACUCUUUGUGUUCUGCAGUGUCCAAGAAGGAGACUGUGUCCUUGGUCCCGGCUCCCCUGGACUCCACUGAGGGUCUGACCAGUGGCCGAGGCCAAGGCUGUGCUCCACGCUUGGGAGCAGGGAGAUUCUGGAAGGCUGGGUAGGUAGGGACCGAGCAGGAAGCUGGUUAGUAAGGUGGCCAGGUUAGCAAUAAAAAGCACAGGGCGUCCAAUGAAACUUGAAUCUCAGACACUCAGGAUGAGACCCACUUACACUAAGGAACUGUUUGUGGUUUAUCUGAAACCGGAAUUAACUGGAAUCCUCAUCCUAUGUGGUUAUGCUUCUGGAGGGAGGGCCACGACAGGGCAGUGGAAGUUAGAGGGGUUCAGAGCAGCAGCAAGGCCCCAGCAGGAGAUCGGGGCAGGAGGCAAGGGCAAGGAGGCAGAGGGCCUCGAGGCUGGGGGGUGGGCAGUGUCCCAGCCUCUGCCCUGUUUACAAGAGGCUGGACCGGUGGAGGCCUCUGAGGCUUCUCUGACCCCAGAACCCCAAAGGUCUGGUCAAGACCUCCUUGGUUCCUGCCCGAGACGGUGAGCAGGUACCCAGAGGGGUAGGGGUCCGUAGGCAGGGCCUGGAGCCCAGCUUCUGGGGUGCCCUGGAGG